CCCUCCGAGCCCUGCCCACACGCCCGAUCUCAUCGCAGAGCGUCUGACUGACAGCGCUACCUGCGGCGUUCCCUAGGCUCUACGAAUGCGCGCGCGCCUCAUAGUAGAUCCCCGUUUGGCGCACGAGAUCCAGUGGAAUUCACAUUUACCACGCCUAGCGUAGGAUCAGAUCGGACGGUUGUGAGAGAAGGCGCGGCGAUGGAGGAGGUGGCGCUGCCGUCGAUCCGCGUGGGGCAUGCGGGCGGCGGGGCGUUCGAGGGUCUGGCGAGCGACGAGGUGGAGAAGAAGAAACUCACGCUGGGCGUGUGCGUGAUGGAGAAGAAGUCGCGGUCAUCCCCCAUGACUGCUAUCCUUGACAGACUGAGGAUGUUCGGCGAGGUGGAGGUGGUGAUAUUCGAGGACCGCAUGAUUCUGCACGACCCUGUCGAGAAGUGGCCCAUAUGCGAUGCGCUCAUCGCCUUCUACUCCACGGGCUUCCCCCUCGCCAAGGCGCAGCAGUACGCCGCCCUGCGCAAACCCUACCUGGUGAACGAGUUGGAGCCGCAGUGGCUGCUGCACGACAGGAGGAAGGUCUACGCUAAACUGGCGGAGCACGGGCUCAUGAUGCCCACGUACGCCAUCGUCAACCGCGAGGAGGGCGCGGGGGCAGUGGAGGGGGGCGCAGAGGGCGAGCAGGAGGAGUUUGAGGAGGAGGAGGACUACGUGGUGGUGGGCGGCAAGCGCAUCAACAAGCCCUUCGUCGAGAAGCCAGUCGACGGUGACGACCACAGCGUGAUGAUCUACUACCCCAGCUCCGCAGGUGGCGGCAUGAAGGAGCUCUUCAGAAAGGUGGGCAACCGCUCGAGCGAGUUCCAUCCGGAUGUCCGGCAUGUGAGGCGGCACGGCUCUUACAUCUACGAGGAGUUCCUCCCCACCGGCGGCACGGACGUGAAGGUGUACACGGUGGGCCCAGACUACGCGCAUGCGGAGGCGCGCAAGUCGCCCGUGGUGGACGGCGUUGUUAUGCGCAGCGCGGACGGCAAGGAGAUCCGCUACCCCGUGCUGCUCACCCCCACUGAGAAGGAGAUGGCGCGAGUCAUCUGCCUUGCCUUCGGCCAGGCCGUCUGUGGCUUUGACCUGCUGCGCUCGCACGGCCGCUCCUUUGUGUGCGACGUCAACGGGUGGAGCUUCGUCAAGAACUCAACCAAGUACUACGACGAUGCCGCCUGUGUGCUGCGCAGCAUGCUGCUGCGCGCCGUGGCGCCGCACCUCUACUCGCCGCUGCCGGUGCGCCUGCCGUGGUCGUCAGGACCUGAUGCCGCGGCAGCCACGGCGGACGGCAGCACGUCGCCGGACUACGAGCGCACGGCGAGCGCCAGCAGCUUCACCAGCGCGCACACGUUCGGCACGCGGGAGGAGCUGCGUUGCGUCAUCGCUGUCAUCCGACACGGCGACCGCACGCCGAAGCAGAAGGUGAAGCUGGUGGUGAGACAGGAGCGGCUGCUGCAGCUCAUGCUCAAAUACAACGGCGGCAAGCCACGCUCCGAGGCGAAGCUCAAGAGCGCAGUGCAGCUGCAGGACCUGCUGGACGCGCUCAGAGCACUCGUGCCGCACCAGAGGGACGGCAGUGACAGCGAGACGGAGGACUUUGAGAACGCGGAGAAGCUGAGGCACGUCAAGGCAGUGCUGGAGGAGGGCGGGCAUUUCUCGGGCAUAUACCGCAAGGCACAGCUGAAGCCGCAGAAGUGGGAGCGUGUGCCGCGGCGGGACAGCAGUGGGGGCGAGGUGGAGGUGGAGGAGCCCACUGAGGCGCUCAUGGUGCUCAAGUACGGCGGGGUGCUCACACACGCUGGCAGGCAGCAGGCAGAGCAUCUUGGUCGAGCUUUCCGAGAAGCCAUGUACCCUGACGAGAUGGGGUCCAACGGCACGGGGCUGCUGCGGCUGCACAGCACGUACCGCCACGACCUCAAGAUCUACAGCUCGGAUGAGGGGCGCGUGCAGAUGUCAGCAGCAGCAUUCACCAAGGGUCUGCUGGACCUAGAGGGACAGCUCACGCCCAUUCUUGUGAGCCUGGUCAGCAAGGACUCUCCCAUGCUCGAUGGGCUCGACUCCGCCUCCAUUGAGAUGGAGCACGCCAAGCGCAAGCUGGCAGAGAUGAUGACCACCAACGACCCCCCAGUGCUCUCGCCCACGCACGGCCAACCACCAGCCCUGCAGAGCCCGCGCCGCCCGUCGCAGUCGCGCUCGCACUCACGCAGCAGCAGCAGCAGCAGCACCCACAGCAGCAGCCUCACAUCACAACCCUCAGGCCCGUGGAUGACUGAUGCGCCCUGGCUGCCUGACCGGCCCCUCAGCAAGCUGCACAAGCUGGUGGAGCUCAUCAAGGCCCUGGCAGCCCACGCCAAGGAGAAGUGCCGCGAGGACGACGUGGACGGUGCUCUGGAGGCGGAGGUGGAGGAAGCUGUCAAGAAGCUGCGCAUCGUGCCCGUGCCGCCACCGCCGCGGGGCGCGCACCAGAAAGGGCAGGGGCAGCAGGGCGUGGAGCAGCAGGGCGCAGGGCAGCAGGGCGUGGGGCAGCAGAAGGGCGGGAAGCAGAAGGCGGUGCCGUACGACAGCACGGUGCUGGGCAAGGCGCGGUUCGACGAGAGCCGCAUCGCCGCGGGGCUGCCGUGCGGUACAGAGGAGUUCCUGCUGAUAUUCGCACGGUGGAAGAAGCUGGAGAGAGAUAUCUACAACCCAAGGAAGGACCGCUUCAACAUCAGCAAGAUACCAGAUGUCUACGACUCGGCCAAGUACGACCUCGUGCACAAUCGCCAUCUGCACCUCAAGGGCCUCCACGAGCUCUUCCUGCUCGCCAAGGAGAUGGCCAACGGCGUCAUUCCCAAUGAGUACGGCAUCACGCCUUACAGCAAGCUCAAUAUUGGAGCCAAGGUGGCCCGGCGCCUGCUGGGCAAGUUGCUAAUCGACCUGCACAACACAAGGGACGAGGCGGUGGCAGUGGGGCAGGCGAUGCAGCAGCACCGGCAAUGCCUCAAGGAGCAGCGCGCAGCCGCCGUGGCGGCGGCGGUGUUCAACCAAGAGCAGGCAAGGCAGCACCGCCGGUCGUCCGGCGAGGCGAAGCGCCGCUCCGAUGGGCAGCCUGAGGGGGACAACGAUGACAGCAACGCGCAGUAUAGACUGGACCCCAAGUACGCCAACGUUCGAACACCGCAGCGACAUGUGCGCACUCGCCUCUACUUUACUUCCGAGUCCCACCUGCACAGCGUGAUGAACGUGCUGCGCUUCUGCCAGCUGGACGAGUCCUUGCAGGGCGAGGCGCCUCUGCUGAGCCCCGACGCGCUGACGCGCCUCUAUGAGAUGCGCGAGCUCGACUACCUCACGCACGUGGUGCUGCGCAUGUACGAGAACGUGGAGGUGGAUCUGAACGACCCACGUCGCUUUCGAGUGGAGAUCAUGUUCAGCCCGGGCUCUGCUGUCAGCCCUCUCGAGGUGGAGCCCACCAAGAAGGACCACACGCUGCCAGUGCUGCCCCCCUUCACGGUGCAGAACGACGCGCCCGACCAGCUCACCAUGCGCCGCAUGGACCGCAUGCUGCACCCCUUCGCCAUGCCGCCCGAGGACUUCCCCCCGCCCGUGCAGCCACAGGGCUUCUCCGGCCUCUUCCUCAAGGGCACCGUCUUUGAGCGCAUCGUCAGCUUCUGGCCGUUCCGCAACACCAUAGGGGGCGGUAGCAAGAGCAAGGGGAGUUGCACCAGCAGCAGCGGUGCUGCCUCUGCUGCCACCGCUGCCACUGCUGCUGCCAGUGGGAGCAACACGUCGCUACCCACCCUCCCACAUGCCAGCUCCAGCAGCAGCAGCAUCCCAGACACAGGAGCAGCACAGGGCAGCAACGCCACAGUCACCACCAGCAGCAGCGGCAGCAGCAGCAGCCUGAGCAAGGCUGCCCAGGGCCGCUCCUCCCCCCUGCGCACCUCGUCCGGUGUUCCCCUCGUUUCCGCCUCCGACGUGCCCGCAGCAGGCAGGAGCCCCGGGGGCAGCCCCCUGAGGCUGUUUGGCAGGAGGGGGUCGGACGAAGGGUCAGGGAGCGGAGGGGGAGGGGGGCUGUGGAGGAGAGGCUCAGGGGGGCUGAGUGGAUGGGGAGGAGGGGAUGACGGCAGGGGAGGGGCGGGUGGUGGGGGUAGUGGGAGGGCAGCAUCUGGUGCGGCGAGUCCAGCAAAGGAUGGGUAGAGGGGGCCACUGCAUGGGUGGACGGUGUAGUUAUGGGCGGGGAACAUGAGGGGCAAAGCUUCGAUUUGGAAAUAAAGAAAAAACGUGGGUGCCUGUCUAUGUGGUAUGUACCUAAGCAUAGUGAGACACUGCAUGCGGCAGUCUUGCCUGUUUGUCAAAUUGUUCGAAAGUAGGGCGUGCCAGUAUUUUCGCAAGUAAUGCGUGCUACAAACAAGAAAUGUAAUUUUUUGAA